AACGAAGAAAAGCCCACCCCAAAAAACCUCAAACCUCUCAUGGCCUCGUCUCAGAAACAACUCUCAAUGUUGUUCCUCGCUUACCUUCUUAUCAUAUUCCCGCAACAAAUGUCUUGUCUUGCUUCAUCUCGAAGCUCUUCUCUAGUUGCCCUUACUGAUGCUAGUAACCAUACGGUAAAUGAGGAAGUGGAGGCACUCCUAACAUGGAAGUCUAAGUUAGACAGCGGGAGUCGCUAUAAUUUGUCUUCAUGGAAUGGAAGCAGCCCUUGCUCAUGGCGCGGAAUCGAUUGUGAUCCUCUGGGGAGCGUUGUGAGCUUCAACCUUUCAUCUUCUGCCAUACGUGGUACGCUUCACUCUCUCAAUUUCUCCCAUUUGCCCAACUUGGUCACUCUUAGCCUUCCCUACAAUAAGCUCUUCGGGAACAUCCCUGUGAGCAUUGGCCAUCUUUCCAAGCUUAUUCGUCUGGAGUUAAUUGGAAAUAACCUUUCGGGAAACAUUCCAAUUGAACUUGGGUCUUUGCGAUCUUUACAAUAUCUCGAUCUUGCUAGUAAUAGUUUGACUGGCCCAAUUCCCAUUGAGAUACUUGGCUUGAGCAACUUGACAGUACUAAGCCUUGCAUUUAAUAAGCUUUAUGGUUCCAUUCCUAAAGAAAUAGGAAUGCCACCUUUACAAUAUAUCAAUCUUAGUCGUAAUGAUUUGACUGGCCCAAUUCCCGUUGAGAUACUUGGCUUGAGCAACUUGACAUUUCUAAGCCUUGGAUAUAAUAAGCUCUUCGGGAACAUCCCUCUGAGCAUUGGCCAUCUUUCCAAGCUUAUUCAUCUGGAUUUAAGUCACCAUAACCUUUCGGGAAACAUUCCAAUUGAACUUGGGUCAUUGCGAUCUUUACAAUAUCUUGAUCUUUCUUGGAACAGCAUCGCUGGUCCUAUUCCUUCUUCCAUCGGAAACAUGAGUAGCUUGAGGGAGUUUUGGCUUGGUGGUAAUCAACUUGUUGGAUCCAUUCCAAAUGAAAUAAGAAGGUUGGGGUCUCUCCAUAUACUUGACUUAUCUUCCAAUUAUCUCAAAGGAUCCAUUCCAAUUGAACUCGGGUCAUUGCGAUCUUUACAAUAUCUCAAUCUUUCUACGAACAGCAUCGCCGGUCCUAUUCCUUCUUCCAUCAGAAACAUGAGUAGCUUGGGGGAAUUAUGGCUUAAUUAUAAUCAACUUGUCGGAUCCAUUCCAAUUGAACUUGGGUCAUUGCGAUCUUUAAGAGAUCUCGGUCUUAUUGAUAACAACAUUUCCGGUCCUAUUCCUUCUUUCAUUGGAAACAUGAGUAGCUUGGGGCGGUUAUUGCUUGCUCGUAAUCAACUUGUCGGAUCCAUUCCGAAGGAAAUAGGAAGGUUGGGGUCUCUCUAUGUACUCGACUUAUCUUCCAAUUAUCUCAAAGGAUCCAUCCCUACAACUUUAGGAAAUUUGAGUAAUUUGGCAUAUCUUCACCUCUAUGACAACCAGCUUUCUGGCUCCAUACCUUCGGAAGUUGGAGGAAUGAGUUCAUUGAUAAAAAUGCAAUUGGCAGACAAUAAUUUAACAGGUCCUAUCCCGUCGUCCAUAGGCAACUUGACCCACCUAUCGGACCUUCAUAUUGCCAACAACUUAUUGUCGGGCUCUCUUCCCACCGAGAUGAAUAAUCUCACAUCCAUCGCAAGAGUAAGUCUGAAUGAAAAUCACUUUGUUGGCCAAUUGCCACAAGAAAUAUGCAGUAGCCAAACUCUUAUGAAUUUUAGUGCAGGAAACAAUCACCUCACUGGAAUCUCAAGAAGCCUGAAAAAUUGUUCAAGUUUGAUUAGACUUGGGCUCAAAAACAACUUGCUCAAGGAUAACAUAACUGAUGCACUUGGUAUGUACCCCUCCUUGGAUUACCUUGAGUUGAGCGACAAUGAACUUUAUGGUGAGCUACCCUCGACAUUGAGUGAAUGUAGAAAAUUGACAAGCUUGACAAUCUCCAACAAUAAAAUCUCCGGUGCCAUACCACCUCAGCUUGGAAACAUGACUCAAUUGCGGAAACUUGACCUCUCUUCAAAUUAUAUUGUUGGAGAAAUUCCUAAAGACCUAGGAAAAUUGAAGUUACUACUACAGCUUUUGUUGGACUGCAACCUUUUGGUAGGCCACAUCCCUCAAGAACUUGGAGCAUUGUCCAAUCUAGAAUCACUCAACAUUGCAGGAAAUAACUUGAGUGGCUCAAUUCCUACCCAACUUGGGGAGGGCUCCCACCUUCUAUUCUUAAAUUUAAGUAGGAAUAAUCUAGAAAAGAGUAUUCCCAUCGAGAUUGGGAAUCUUCAAUCCCUUCAGCAUCUCGAUUUGAGUCAAAAUUUCCUCACAGGAGAAAUACCUAGACAACUUGGGCUAUUGCACAGAUUAGAAAUACUCAAUCUCUCACACAAUCAAUUAUCGGGUUCAACUAUGUCAACAUUUCAAGAUAUGAUAAGCUUGACAUCCAUCGACAUAUCGUUUAAUGAGUUAGAGGGUUCUUUACCAAACAUUCCAGCCUUUCGUAAUGCUACGAUUGGAGUUGUGAGAGGGAACAAAGGCUUGUGCGGAGACAUUGCUGGUCUUAGCCCCUGUACAAAACCAAUGUUGAAAGGAAGAAACAAAAACAAAAAGUUGCUGCUAGUUUUGAUUCCUACUUUCGGUUGCCUACUUUCUUUGCUUCUUGUUGUGGGAGCUUCAAGUAUUGGAUGCCGAAGAAUAAGAAAAACAGAGGCUACUUCAGCUAAUGGAAGCAAUGAGAAUCCCUGGGUAAUAUGGAGCUUUGAUGGAAGAAUGGUUUAUGAGAGCAUCAUUGAAGCCACAGAAGAGUUUGAUGCCAAAUAUUGCAUCGGUGUGGGAGGACAGGGGAGUGUUUACAAGGCCCAAUUGCAAACAGGUGAAACUUUUGCUAUAAAGAAAUUUAAAGAAGCAGUGGACGUAGAAAUGGCCAAUCAAAAAGCAUUUGAACGGGAGAUUCAUGCUUUGACCGAAACUCGGCAUCGAAAUAUCAUCAAGCUCUAUGGCUUUUGCUCGAGUUCUCGACAUUCAUUUUUGGUAUACGAGUUCUUGGAAUCGGGCAGCUUGAAGGAUGUAUUGAACAAUGAAGAGAUGAUGGCAACAUUUGACUGGAAUAGGAGAGUGAAUGUUGUCAAAGGGGUGGCUUAUGCAUUGUCCUACAUGCACCAUGAAUGCUCUCCUCCUAUAAUUCAUCGAGAUGUCUCGAGCAAGAACAUUUUAUUGGAUGAAGAAUAUGAAGCUCACGUCUCUGAUUUUGGCAUGGCUAAGGUUUUAAAAUCUUAUUCAUCCAAUUGGACUUCCUUUGCAGGCACCUUUGGAUAUGCAGCUCCAGAACUCGCAUACACAAUGGAAGUGAACGAGAAAUGCGAUGUUUAUAGCUUCGGAGUGGUGGCAUUGGAAGUAAUCAUGGGAAGCCAUCCGGGCGACCUCAUUUCUUCACUUGCGUCCUCAUCUUCAUCACCAUCGAACAAUUCAACAACUUCUUGGCCACUGAAGGAAGUUUUAGAUCAAAGAAUUCCAUACCCAAAAGGUAAUGUUCUAGGGGAAGUGGCUUUAGUGACAAAGACGGCAUUGUCAUGCUUAAAUCCCAAACCAGAGCAUCGUCCAACCAUGCAACAAGUUUCUAGGGCAAUAUCAACAUGUAACUCCAUCAUGCAAAGUGCAUUAGAGGACAUCAAAUUGGAAGAACUAGUUGAUCCUACACGCUUCACUUUUUGAGAUAAUAUGGUCUUUCAGUUGUAGCCUAUGUAGCAAAUCGUCUUUUGUAACUUUUUUUUUUUGGUAAAAAUAUUUUGUACUUUAUUUAUCUUAGCUAACUUCAUUAUCCAUUUCUGUAAUGGUUCGUUAGUUACUUGAAAGCUUUUGGGAAUUUUUGUCAUUUGCAAUUCCAUCCUGGAACGGU